AUGGAGCCGGGGACAGAGGAAAGGCCCAUCAUCUCAACACAUCUUGGGACACAGACUGUACCUGAGGGCAAAUUGGAGAGACACAGACCGAACACUGAAAGGGAGACAAGGGGAGAACCCCUUUCCCAUGAGAGAGAUUUCAAGCAAUUGUCAAUUAAACUACCCCCAAAAAAUACUAAGGAAAGAGGCCCUGAAUGUAGUGAAUGUGGAAAAGCCUUUUUUGACCGAUCAACCCUUACUAGACAUCAGAGAACUCAUACUGGAGAGAAGCCCUUUGAAUGCAAUGAAUGCUGGAAAGCCUUCAGACAUAAUCUUAGCCUUCACAGACAUCAGAUCAUUCACACAGGAGAAAGUCCCUAUGAAUGUAGUGAAUGUGGCAAAGCCUUCUUUGACUGCUCAUCCCUUACUCAACAUCAGAAAAUUCAUAGUAAAGAGAAGCCUUAUAAAUGCACUGAAUGUGGGAAAGCCUUCAUCCAAAGAAGGCACCUUAAUCAGCAUCAGAGAACUCAUACUGGGGAGAAGCCCUAUGAAUGUAGCGUGUGUGGAAAAUUCUUCAGUAGCAAGUCAUCUGUCAUCAUACAUCAGUGAUGUUAUGCCAAAGAGUAACCCUAGAAACAUAAUGAA